GAGGCGGGGCUAAGAGGGCCAGCCAGCGAGAUCGACUCGCUAGGCGGGCGUCGAGGGGGCGUGACCAGCGGGAGAAGGCGGGGCCUGGGAGGGCCCUGAGGCUGGUGAUCAGGCUGUGCUGCGGGCAGCCGGGGGAAAAGCCGGGAAGAUGGCGGCCUCCUGGAAGCUGGGCUGUGACCCUCCGCUUCUUCGUUACCUCCUUGGCCUCGGCGGCCGGCGAAGCAUGGGGGUGGCCAGGGCCGCUGCCGGGUGGUCUGUCGGCCGUGGAGCUAGCUGGAGAUGGUUUCACAGCACUCACUGGCUGCGGGUUGAUCCUAUUAAGGUUCUAAUGCCAUCUCUGUCACCUACAAUGGAAGAGGGAAACAUUGUCAAAUGGCUGAAAAAGGAAGGUGAAGCUGUGAGUGCUGGAGAUGCAUUAUGUGAAAUUGAGACUGACAAAGCUGUGGUUACCUUAGAUGCAAGUGAUGACGGCAUCUUGGCCAAAAUAGUGCAAGUGCCAGGAGUAAAUGUAAGCUGGGAUGGAGAGGGCCCGAAGCAACUGCCCUCUAUUGACAUUUCAGUGGCUGUGGCAACAGAUAAAGGUUUGAUUACACCAAUCAUAAAAGAUGCUGCUGCUAAAGGUAUACAGGAAAUUGCUGACUCUGUAAAGGUAUGUCAUAACAAAUACUAUGCUUUCAAAUUGUUAGCAGAUCCUUUCAAAAGAUGCUUCAAGGAAAACAUUUUGGCUGCAUACGUACCACCUUCUAUUGCCUUUUCCCUCUCUAGUAUUUCCAACCUGGGGAUGUUCGGCAUCGAUGAAUUCACUGCAGUGAUCAACCCUCCACAGGCCUGCAUUUUGGCUGUUGGGAGAUUCCGACCUGUCCUCAAGCUCACUGAAGAUGAAGAGGGGAAUGCCAAACUGCAGCAGCACCAACUCAUAACAGUCACAAUGUCAAGUGACAGUCGAGUGGUCGAUGACGAACUGGCUACCAAGUUUCUAGAAAGUUUUAAAGCAAACCUAGAGAAUCCUAUCCGGCUUGCCUAACCCUCUAAAUCAAGAGGCUAAUUGAAUAGCUGUUACCAAGAAAAUAAUUAAAUAUUUAAGUAUGAAAGAAAGUAAAUGUUAUUUAUUUAAGGGGAAAGCAUUUGAUCCAAGUUGUCUUUAUUUUCAAUUUGGGUUUAUUGUUGUAGAAAUAAGUAGAGAUAAAAUGUUCCUAAUAAAGGAAAAAGAACAUUACUUAGCCAGAUCCAUUUUUAACCUCUGGUGCUGUACAGAAGGGGUAUUAAACUAGGUUAAAAAAAUCAUAGUUUACGUUUGGCUCAUUUGAACAUUUUGGGAUAUUUUAGAAUGUACAAUAUGUUGUACAUUCGAAAAUAACAUUCUGCCUUAGUUAUGUUGGAGUUAGAAGUAAUCUUCAAAGAGAUUUCUGCUGAGUUAGCAGUGGGACCUCUUUUUUACAAACACUGAUGUAGAUAUACUUGAACAAUUUAAUAUGUACAGAAGUUUAUUCUGCAUAGUAGUAAAUAAAUAAGGAUCACACUGUAUCAGGGGUUGUGGCAACAUUAUUAAAUUUUUGAUGUAUAUAAAGCCAUAAGUGUUUUAGCCAUA